GCAGUCAAAAUUUCAUUAUUAUCCUUUUGGCCUGUCAAACUUACCGUUUCCGUUUCUGUUUGCGUUGUUGUUCAUAGAAUCUGACGUUCUCUUAUAGGGAUAUUUCGAGUGAUUGUCUUUCGUAAGAUCCUGACUUUCAGUCAAUGGAAAUAAAUAAUUCGUCUGGUUCCGGUGAUUCUAUAUUCGUCCAGCUUCACAUAACUAUACUUAGGUCAAUAAAUGAAGGGAACACUGGCAACUCACACUUAUUUCAUUUAAAGUAAUAGCACAAGAAACGUCGUAAAUCGAAUAGAAAUUUUGAUUUUUCAUUUAUAAGUCGAUAAAUAUGAUCAAAUCGGCGAUAUAAUUUCCUUCCAUAGAUAUAUAUUAUUGAUGACAAUGUUAAACGUCUCUCCGUAUUGUUGGCGAAUUCAGAAAUCAAUGCAGAAAAUCCCGGUCGUUUGUUCAAAUAUAAUUUUCUGAUUUAUUUGAUCCGAUUUUUUAUUAUCAUUUUUGAAGUAAAAAGGAAUAAAACAUUUCAAACCAAAGUGAAAAAUAUGUGUGAAAAUGACUUUUAUAUAUUUAUAUACCGUUAUGCUGGCACUGAAAGGGAUUAUUGUGAACGGCGAAAGACAAAUAACAGAGUGCGGAGUCAGACCGUUACGGCGACAUCCUAGAAUUAAUUCAAAAUAUCGAAUACCAAAAAUAAUCGAUGGUUCUCCGACCAAAGACGGACAAUUUCCAUGGCAAGUUUCGCUCGAAUUGCUUCAUCCGUCGUUAGGAUUUCUGGGCCAUUGGUGUGGGGCAGUGUUGGUGGACCCGAUGUGGAUAAUUAGUGCAGCGCAUUGCAUACAUAAUGAUUUAUUCAAUCUACCCUUGCCACCACUAUGGACAGUAGUUUUAGGCGAGCACAAUCGAAUGAUAGAAUCGGGAUACGAGCAAAGAGUUUCGGUCGAAAAAAUUGUAUUUCAUGAAAAGUACGAAAACUUUCAACAUGAUCUAGUUAUGAUCAAAUUGUCUGAACCAGCUGAUCUGAGUGAAGAAUCGAAUAUCCGGACGAUCUGUUUACCAUUCAGAGCCUUCGGUUAUCCACAGUCAAUGGACGAAGAACUGUACGAUCAGAAAGACGACGACACGGUGGCCAUACCAAUUAGGGAUAAUAACUUUUUAAGAAACAUUAGAAUUAAGCAUCUGCAAUCGAACAGCAACCAUUCGACCGGUAGACGACAAUCACGACGCAGUCACACACGAAGGAAUGAUAAAUUUUUGCAUGGCAAUUUGUACACAGAUGAUGCUGUGUCCGGUAAAGCAACGUUACAGGAUUUACCAUACACGGAUUGUAUAGCAACGGGAUGGGGUCGGUCGUCAACAACUUCGGGAGACUUAGCUGAUACAUUACUUCAAACAAAAGUACCCAUUCACACCAAUGUUAAAUGUAAAAACGCGUACGGCAGCAAUGUUAAGAUCCACAAGGGUCACCUGUGUGCUGGUAAAUUAAAUGGAAAGGGCGGAACUUGCGUCGGAGAUUCAGGGGGUCCACUGCAAUGCCGACUGUCGAAAAACGGACCUUGGCUACUAGCGGGCAUAACAUCAUUCGGUUCUGGUUGUGCGGAGCAAGGCUAUCCGGAUGUGUACACUCGGAUAUCGUAUUACAUUAAAUGGAUUAGUGACACAAUAUCUCAGACGUCGGAUGGGUCGUGAAGUGGAUGGGAUGUGGGCAUUGUCGACAGUGUGCGGUGUAAAUUAAUCAAACGAAAUGUGAUAAUUUGAUGUAUUAAUAAUAAUGGUUUUUAA